AUGAUUCCAGACAUCCUGCAGGCUUUCAAAGAAUUCUACGUGGAUAAAUGCCCCGAUCCGAUCACCCAGGAAGAAGCGAAGAUUUGGACGGAACAUAGAGCAUUUGUGCUGGAUGCUUACAUGGCUUGGGCAAGAGGAUAUCCGACAGGAAAUCACUUUCCUCGUAGUGAGGUUGACGCAUUUUUCCAACAGUUUCGCGACCUCUACGAAACGAUGUCGAAUCAGGAGUUGUUCGACGUGAAGUCGCUGAACAUCACCGAACUCGAUAUGGGAUCUGCUGAGGCUUCUUUUGCGGGAUUAUUCAAGCGAAUGGAGAAACAGUUCCCCAGUCAAUAUCCGGCUGAUGCCUCAGAUUUCACCGGGUGCUACAUGAAACAACACAUUUUGGACGGCAAAUUCAGCCUGGCGGACACCUGGCCGCAGUUCCAAAAGAGCGAGAUGGAUUUAAUGAUGAUUGAGCACGCCAGGUGGAUGUAUUUCCAGAAUGCCGGGGAAUAUGAGUUAGAGGACUAUUACGCGAUUGCAAAUGCAAGGAUUGAAAUCGCCGAGCAUCUAUACAUGUACAGUCAGCAAUCAUUGGCGAAAGCCAAGGCUCGGGUCAACGAUGUAAAGAGGAUCUUUGGGCUAGACGACUAUCCACGCCGGAUGAAUUUGACUGGCGGAGAUCCACAUCUUUACGAGAAAGGCAUCAAGUUGAUCCCCGGCAUCCUACAGGCAUACCACGAGUUCUUCGUGGAACGUUGCCCUGAACCGAUUACCAACGAAGAAGCAAGAAUUUGGGCGGAGCAUAGAGCAUUUGUGCUAGAUACUUUUCUGGAAUGGGAUCGAGAACAUCCGACUACAGAUUUCCGGGACAUCUACGAAUCAAUGCCCAUCCCGGAACUGUUCGACGUUCAGUCGUUGAACACCAGCGAGCUCUACAAAGGAUCAGUGGAGGCUUCUUUUGAGGAAUUAUUUAAACAAAUGGAAUCGCGGUACUUCCGCGGUCCCGUAAAUGACAAAGAGCUGAAAGGGUGCUACUGGAAGCAGUAUAUGUUGGAAACCAAAUUCAGUCUGACCGAGACCACAAUGAGAUUCGAAAAGGAGGAAGACGAUUGGACAGUGAUGCAUAUGGCCCUUAUCUUCUAUCACAAUCACAGCAGUCAGGGCGUGGAGGACUUGAACGAAUUGCACGAUGUCAAAUAUGCAAUCUCUCAACAUAUGCUUGCCUACACGACCCAUUCAUUCCUGGUUGGUUUUCUGUUUUUGGCUCCUGUAUACUACCUCGAAAGGCAAAACACAAUUUUCGAAAUCCAACGG